UGCAUUAUCGAUGUUACAUUUAAUGUCAGUAUAACUUUUUCAAUCAAGCUAAGGAAUAUUUAUUACUUUUGGCAAACCAAAAAAGAAUAAAUAAAUAACGAAACGUACAAAAGAAUUUUAAAACAGUUCUUGCUACGCAUAUACGCACAAAGUUAAAAAAAAAAUAAGUAAAAAUGGCUGAUAAUGACGAUCUUCUCGAUUACGAGGAUGAGGAGCAGAACGAGACUACUGCUGUUGAGAAUCAGGAAGCACCAAAGAAAGAUGUUAAGGGAACUUAUGUAUCCAUACACAGUUCCGGUUUCCGUGACUUUUUGUUAAAGCCCGAGAUUUUGCGUGCAAUUGUUGAUUGCGGCUUUGAGCAUCCAUCAGAAGUUCAGCAUGAAUGUAUACCGCAAGCUGUGCUUGGCAUGGAUAUCCUUUGCCAGGCUAAGUCCGGUAUGGGCAAGACGGCUGUUUUUGUGCUUGCCACACUACAACAGCUGGAACCAUCUGAUAAUAACACCUGCCACGUUUUGGUCAUGUGUCAUACACGAGAGCUGGCAUUCCAAAUAAGCAAGGAGUACGAACGUUUCUCCAAAUAUAUGCCCACAGUUAAGGUUGCUGUAUUCUUUGGCGGUCUGGCGAUUCAAAAGGAUGAGGAGACUCUUAAGAAUGGCACACCUCAUAUUGUUGUUGGUACACCUGGACGCAUUUUGGCACUCAUUCGCAAUAAGAAGUUGAACCUAAAACACUUGAAACACUUUGUUCUGGACGAAUGCGACAAGAUGUUAGAACAACUGGAUAUGCGUCGCGACGUGCAGGAGAUUUUCCGUAGCACACCACACGGCAAACAAGUUAUGAUGUUUUCCGCCACUUUGAGCAAAGAGAUUCGUCCCGUUUGCAAAAAGUUUAUGCAAGAUCCCAUGGAGGUGUACGUCGACGAUGAAGCCAAGCUGACGCUGCACGGCCUGCAGCAGCACUAUGUCAAUCUGAAGGAAAAUGAGAAGAACAAGAAGCUGUUCGAAUUGCUCGAUGUGCUCGAGUUCAAUCAAGUUGUCAUCUUUGUAAAAUCCGUGCAACGUUGUGUGGCCCUGGCGCAGCUGCUGACCGAACAAAAUUUCCCAGCCAUUGGCAUUCAUCGCGGCAUGAAUCAGGAUGAGCGUUUGAAUCGUUAUCAGCAAUUCAAGGAUUUCCAGAAACGCAUAUUGGUGGCCACCAAUCUGUUUGGCCGAGGCAUGGAUAUCGAACGUGUGAACAUUGUAUUUAACUAUGACAUGCCUGAGGAUUCAGACACUUAUCUGCAUCGUGUGGCACGUGCUGGUCGUUUCGGUACAAAAGGUCUGGCCAUUACCUUUGUCUCCGAUGAGAACGAUGCCAAGAUACUUAACGAAGUACAGGAUCGUUUCGACGUCAACAUUAGUGAACUACCAGAGGAAAUUGAUUUAUCUACAUAUAUUGAGGGACGCUAGUCACAGCGCAUGGAGAUCUGAAAUACUUAACAUUUAACAAAAGAUACCAAUUUUUUAUAAACUUUACUUUAUAACUAAUAAAAAUACAAUCCAAUCAAUGUGUUGCUGUACAAAAA